AUGGUAGCGACAAGAGCGAUGUCACCACAGUGGCGGAUAUGCUCGAUCACGGUGCUGGAAUCCAGGUCGAGGAUUGGCGAAAAGAUGGACGUGAUGCACGUUGCGCGCACGGAGUUCAGCCGCGCCCACCUCCAGGUGCGCGCCUACGGGAACCUCUCGCGCAGCGUGUCGGGGGGCACAGUCAGCGUGAAGAUGUGCAAGGGAUCGGUUGCCGGAGGGUCGUCCACUGCAGAUUGGAUGAAGCGCGAGCUCGCGUGGCACAGUGUCCCUCACAAGUACGAGGAGGAGCUAUGCAAACACUUUGGCAAGAGCCACAGCAAACGUGGCUGCCCCCUUCCCGCUGGCAAUAUCGAGCUGCGCUUCGCCCUUGACAAGCUGCCGCCGAUGGUGUUAGCUGGCGCCUACAGGUUGAAGAUCAGAGCCAUCGAUGCUGCCGGCAAGCACGUGGCGUGCUUGCAGGCGAACGUGCAAGUCCCACGGGGCAAGAGCGGCGAGCUCUUCCGACGGAUUCAAGCGUUGCCCAAUGCUCACAAUGGACGGGCUCUGACGUCGGGAGCUUCAGAUUGCAACUGCGACUUCUCGGACCCAGUUUGCGGUGAUAACGGGCUGACCUGCGACAGCGCUUGUCAAGCCCAUUGCUCUAGUGUCAAGGUUGCGUAUACGGGCAAGUGUGGCGAUCUGUUACUUUCGGUAGGGAGAGCGCUUUCAUAG